CCACUUAUAAAGGACAUUCUCUUCUCAGAGGCUUUCCUAAUUAUUUAUAAUCCUUCUCUAAAGUCUUGCUUUGCUUUCAUCCCUUGUCUUUCCACUUGGAUAGCCUCACUGCUUCUUCUCUCCCCUGCUUUGUACCCUUAUUCAAAUGUGUAUCUUACAAUGACAGCAUCCUACAGGUCGAACCUCCCAAAUCUGGGACUCUCUGGUCCAGCAACAUCCCUGGUCAAGAAGGAGCCCUGGAAGUGAGGUGCAUGAGCCAGCUGGGAAUCCCGCAGAUCAAAGAGAGUGCAGCUCUGACGAGGGAAGUACUUGAGCAGCAUUUUAAUGAUUUAAAAGGGACCCUGAGGAAGCUGCUGGAUGAACGACUAGUGUUAUUGCUGCAGGAAGUGGAUGCCAUAGAACAAGAAAGCAUCAAACCACUGGAUGAAUGCCAGAAACUAAUAGAACAUGGAGUCAGUACGGCUGAUGACCUGCUCCAGGAAGGAGAGUGUGUCAUCCAUGGGGUCAUGGGCGAGCAGAAUGAAAAACUGUGCAGCUUUACAAAAAAGGCUUUGCACAUUCAGCUGGAUAGCUUGCCAGAAGUGCCUGCCUUGGUUGAUGUGCCUUGUUUAUCUGCCCAGCUGGAUGACUGUCUCCUGACCAUAGUGAAAAAUCAAAUCUUCAAUCAUGGGACUGUAGCAUCUCGGCCACCUGUACAGAUAGAAGAACUUACUGAGAAGCCUGGGGGUAUCCUAGUGCGAUGGUGUAAGGUGGAUGAUGACUUUAUACCUCAAGACUACAGGCUUCAAUCUCGCAAGAGUACUGCCCAUCACUUUGAAGAUGUGUAUGUUGGCUCUGAGAUGGAAUUCAUAGUACUACAGAUCGACCCCAAUGUUGAUUACCAGUUCAGAGUUUGUGCCCGAGGUGAUGGACGGCAGGAAUGGAGUCCAUGGAGCAUUCCUCAAACUGGUCGUUCUACACUAGUUCCUCAUGAAUGGACAGCAGGUUUGGAGGGUUACAGCCUGAGCAGUAGAAGAAACAUAGCACUUCGAAAUGAUUCUCAGUCAUGCGGCGGCGUGCUCUACUCCAAAGCUCCUACUUACUUCUGUGGGCAGACGUUAACCUUCAGAAUCGAAGCAGUUGGUCAGCUAGAUAAACGAGACAGUAUUGGAGUCUGUGUGGAACAGCAGAAUGGCUAUGAUUCUUUACAGCGAGAUAAAGCUGUAUGCAUUAGCACAAAUGGGGCAGUAUUUGUAAAUGGCAAAGAGAUGACAAACCAGUUGCCUGCUGUUACUUGUGGAUCAACUGUAACAUUUGAUAUGGAAGUUGUGCAUUUAGGUCCCAAUAACAACGAGGGAGGAAGCUUCAAACUCAGAGUAACCAUCAGUUCUAACAACAGAGAAGUAGUGUUUGAUUGGGUACUUGAUCAUUCUUGUGGUUCUCUAUAUUUUGGAUGUUCAUUCUCCUACCCAGGCUGGAAGGUGUUAGUGUUCUAGCCUGCUGUAAAUUUUAAAGUUGAAGUAAUUUUUCGAAAUUUAGUAUCAAACUGGGGUAUAACUUCUACAUCACUUGCAUGUCACUAUUCUGUACUUAAUUUCAAAUAAAUGAAAAACAGUAUAUUACUAUGUUAAAAGCUAAACAGACAAUUUCAUCAUACAUCUUUGGAAUAAACUGGAAAAACCUCAGGGUACAUAUAUUAAAUUGAAUGAACUUUGUUUACUGCUGCAGUUCUGUGAAAGAAGCCAGUAACACUUUUGGUUUAGGGUUAAUAGUCCAAAGUUUUUCUAUUCCACCCACAAAUAAGGACAAACUAUCAUAGUAAGUUUAAAAUAGACUUAAUUACACAAUGUUGCAACUUAAAUUUGUAAGAAGUCAAAACUGUUGUGGUUCUGUUUAAUCCAUUUUGUUCUUGGUGUGGUACGGGUUGUCCUCAUUCCCCAAACCUAAGUAUCUUGUAAUAUGCAAUCAGGCUAAGUGUCUCAUUUCUUUGCCAAUGUGCCUUAC